UUGUCCAUCCCAUGUUUUUAUUUUCUUACUGUAAGACCUAGCUAACAGUAACGUUAGCUAGUUAGCUUUCUAUAUUUGUUUAGCUUUUCAUAUUACAUGUUCAUUUUAUUUUAAUCGACAAUGGGGAGGGAUUAUUAUGCAGCAUUGGAGAUAAAUCGAAAUGCAACAGAUGCAGACAUAAAAAAAUCAUACCGACGACUUGCCUUGAAGUACCAUCCUCACACAAACAGCAAACCGGGUGCCUAUGAAAAAUUCAAUCAACUUGCGGAGGCCUAUGAUGUUUUGAGUGACCCUCGAAAAAAGGCAACCUAUGACAAGUUUGGAGAAGAGGGUCUGAAAGGAGGUAUCCCACUUCAGUCUGGGGAGACUGGAGCUUGGACAUCAGGAUACAUCUACCAUGGAAACCCAGACAAGAUAUUCAGGCAGUUUUUUGGAGGUGACAACCCAUUCGCAGACUUCCACAUGAAAGAUGGGAAUGAAGUGGCCAUUGGGUUUGGAGGCCUGCGAGGAAGAGGAGUGAAAACACAAGACUCCCCCAUUGAAAGGGACCUUCACUUGGCCUUGGAAGACCUCUUCUAUGGAUGUACCAAAAAGAUCAAAAUAUCUCGUAGGGUCAUGAAUGAAGAUGGACACACAUCCAGUAUCAAGGACAAAAUAUUGACUAUCAUUGUAAAACCAGGAUGGAAUGAAGACACUAGGAUAACAUUCCCAAAGGAGGGUGAUCAGGGACCCAACAGUAUUCCUGCAGAUAUUGUGUUCAUUGUGCGGCAGAAGAGUCAUCCCCGGUUUGCAAGGCAACACAAUGACCUGGUCUUUACGGCCCAGAUCUCUCUGGAGAAGGCUUUGACUGGAUUCGCUGUUGUAGUGAAGACACUAGAUGACAGGAUACUCAAUAUCCCCAUCAAUGACAUUGUGCAUCCAAAAUACAGCAAAGUGGUGUCUGGAGAAGGCAUGCCUCUGUCCCAGGAUCCCUCCCAGAGAGGAGAUCUCAUCAUCCAGUUCGACAUUCACUUCCCUCAAAAGCUCUCGGCGGAGAAGAAACACCUGAUCAACCAAGCUCUAGCUUUCUGAGUAAACAGCCAUUAAAUACAGCCUAAUUGCAAAUCUCCUUCCUUGGACCCCUAUUUGAGAAUGGUGUUCUUUGCCAGUAGGUACAGGUGAGAUUGUGAAGUUAUUUGCAUAAGAGAAGCCACUUCAAAAUAUAUUUUAUUGUCAGAAGUUAGUACUUAAAAAAGACACUCGAGUGAAAGGUGAGUGAAAAGUAGUUAAAAAGGAAACUACAUGGGCCACAUUUUUUGUUGUUGAAUAAAAUAAAACACAUCAGCACAGGGUCACCCUCUACUGUAGACCUGGCCAUUGGCUGCAGAGGAGUGGUGUAGUUUUGGCGGGCAGCCAUAAUGGCACGUUUCAGCUGCUCAUAUGUAACAAUCACCACGUUCCACGAGCCCAGUCGGAGGAAAGAGGGCAUGAACCUGUAGGGAGAGAAUAGAGACAACUUAGAUCCAGGCAAAAAUUCAAAUAAACCGGAGAAGGAAAUAAAACGACCAGGUUGUUAGACAUUCAUGAAUGUUACAAAGCAAGCAGCAACAGCGAAUAAACCACUGAUUGAGAAGGUGUUGCAACCCAAGCCAGGAGACUACUCCCUAGCAACUAAAACACAUGGCUUACCCUUUGUAGAAGGCAAGGGGUCCCUCCUUGGUCACCAUGGCAAUAGCACAGUUGAGGGCGCCGCUGUACUGGCCGAGGGCAGAGUUCAUAUAUCGCGUCUUCACCACAUCCACAGGAGAGGCAAUCACAGUGGUGCAGAAUCCUGCACCGAAUGCAGAUGUGAAGUGGCAGGGGAGGUCAUCUGUUGGGUGAAUGGAAUGGGUUAAGGAGAGGCAUCACAAUACCAGAGGGAAGCAUGACAGUUAAAAGUCAGUCAUUCUGCACAAUAUGUGGCAAGGCAAUGGCUCACCAGUCAGGGGUGUGUUUCUAAUAAGUAGGUCUUUGAUUAGGUCAUAUGUAACCAGUUCAGUGCAGUUCACGAUAGCAUAGCGGACAAUGUUUGGGCCAGUACCUGCAAGGUGGGGAUGGAAAUGUUAGCAAUACUGCUGACAAAAACAUUUGACAAAGGCACAAAUGAUCCUUGUGAUAAAGCAAACAACCACCUCUCCACAGGCCACGGAUGCCCUCUUCCUUGGCAAUGGUCUUGUAGGCCUCCAUGGUGCCAUGGUAACGCCGGUUUAGCCCAGAGGAACUAGUCUGUGCCUGAAAGCGCACCUUCACCACAUCUGUGGGUUGGGCUAAUGCGACUGCCAUGGUUCCAGUGGUACAGCCCGCCAGCAAACGACUGCCAAUCCCUACAUCUGAAGAGAGAAAUGGGCAAUCAGAACAGUUUGAGUAACAUUCAAUAGAGAAUAAGUAUCAAUAUAAAAAGGUUGAUAUACAGUAUGUGACAUGUACUCACGGUCAGAGCCUUUGGUGUAGAAUGACUUGACAGAGUCGUAGAGGCCGAUGCGGACAGAGGCAAAGCUCAUCUACCUCUGGAGCCCUGCCACCAGCCCGCUGUAGAGGCUCCUGGGCACCCUCUGUACGCACCAUGGUGGUGAUGGUACCAAACACACCCCGAUACCGCACUACAGUGCCAUGACUAGCUGCCGCACCUUUUCCCUCUCCCUGGAUCUGUGCGGAACGAAAGGGGCAUGGAGAGACUUAACAGGCACUGGCAGAUGUGGGAGGAGAAUCCAGCCACUAGUGUCCACAAUGCUAGGUCCAGGGCCUGCCAAUUCCUAGGGCUUAACCAUCCUGGGCCACUUAGUUGGGGGAAGGAAGUCAGGAGGGACAAAAUUGAAAGAAAUAGAAGGCGCAAGUCAGUUUUAAUGUUGGCAAAAUAAAAUAAGGUGAAUCCAAUUAACCAAAAAUGAAAGGGGUCAUCUUGGGUCGGUAAUGGAUUUGGGUAUCAUUUUGUGGACCAACCAAGUUCCCAAAUGUGGACCCAAGACAGUAAUAAUGAGUUAGAGACAAUAUGAUUGAUGCAGCAGUAAUCUCAAGCAUCCCUUAAUCCCUUUUAGUAUGAUGGCUCGCCACGUUUGACCUGUCAAAUGAGUUCUUUCGGGUGAUUUCAUCAGAGAAACGGUGACCAGUCGUAACCAUCCUGGGUCCCCAACAGCUAAAGGGGGCAAUGCUUGGAUUCUCCAUUAAAUCAUACUACAAUAGAGGACCCCACCAGUUCAUUUCAACAAAGAACACAUGCUCCUUAGGCUUACCUGUAGCCGGACUUUGGCUGUGUCCAAUGGAAAGGUGAAUAGGUCAGCAAUGCAGGCCGCUGUUCCAGCACCAAUAAACUUCACAGCAGCGGUUGGGGGCACAUCCGCAGGUCUGAUGAAUGUAAUGUGAAGAUUUAAGAAGACUGAUGAGGUGAAGACGAGACAGGGAACUCUACCCAAUUCUGAAACAGGAGGGACAACAAUUUUACAAUGUCAAUAUUCAUAAUUGUCACUGACAUGUUGCCAAAUCACAAUUGUAUGUUGACUCAAGUGACUAGACUAUGGGAGCCUACAGUUGACCUACUGGGCUUAAGGGGCCAAAGCACAUGAAACAAGUUUGCUGCCACUCCUUCAACAGACCUCACUUUGUAGUCUACUCAGUAGUGCUUGACAGGAAAUAACUAGUCAAAGGGAGAGCUGUACCCUGUUCACGCGAUGCUGAAGCAGACAAUGAGCAACCCAUUUAAUCAACACGGUGCGUGCAGGGAUAAAAUGUAGCGACCGGAAAACUAAACAAUGAACUUCUAAGUAACAGGCAAGCCAAUAUUAAAAUUGUUGAAUUAUAAUACAAUUAAAAGUUGAAGACCUUUCAACUUACUGUUUAUCUAAACAAAAAAAGUGGUCAUUACAUCUGGAGAUCGGGCAAAAGAACUUGAAGUUAAACGUUAUCCAGUUCCUGUAUAUUAUGAAUACUUUACCGUCACUUAAGGGAACCAGGACUGUGAAGGCAGAGAUCAGGAUUCUCUAAAGGCGUCUGUCUCUCUGGUCGAAAUUACCUUCAACUAUGAUUUGAUUGCCUUUUUCUUCCAUAGAAAAACGUUCAAAAACGAUGUAUCCUAAAAACAUACUACAAAUUCUGAAAAACAAGACGGCUACAGGUUAGUCAACAGCUGAUGCUAAUACCAACCAGUAUACAAGAAAAAUAACACUAUCAAAGCAUAACGAGUGACAUCAAUUUAACUUUACAUUCUCCAUCAGUAAACUUUUGACAGGCCUAUUAACAUAAGUUUGUUUACCUUAAAUAAAAGAGUAAAAAUUGGAUUAGGAAAACCGGUGAAAUCCUUUUGUGCUGAUACCUCGUGAUAACACGUGAAUUCCUAGUCGAUACAGCCGUAAAAGAACAACAGCAGUUUUUUAUAACCCCUUAAACCCUGUUACGUCAUGAGAAGGCAGCUGUGUUUGUUCUCAGCACAUGCUGGUUGGUGGAUACGAGCCAAACUGGCCCUGCCCUGUUCUCGCGUACACCUUAUAGUUGCUUGUGAUUGGCCCAUUCAAUUGCCACACCUCUACCAUUCCACACAACUUCCAACCAAACAUGUAAUGUGUUUUAUUAUAUAAACUGGGUGGUUUAUUAUAAAUUGGGUGGUUCGAGCCCUGAAUGCUGAUUGGCUGAAAGCCAUGGUAUAUCAGACCAUAUACCAUGGGUAUGACAAAAUAUGUAUUUUUACUGCUCUAAUUAUUUUGGUAACCAGUUUAUAAUAGCAAUAAGGCACCUCAGGGGUUUGUGAUAUUUGGCCAGUAUACCACGGCUAAGGGCUGUGUCUUAGCACUCUGCGUUGCAUUGUGCAUAAGAACAGCCCUUUGAAUAUUUGCCAUAUACCACACCCCCUCAGGCCUUAUUGCUUAAUUAUUUCUUAAUUAUUAUUGCUUAAUUAUAAUUAUUGCUGAAUUAUAUCAGCAUUCAGGUUCAAGCCCUGAAUGCUGAUUGGCUGUGAUAUAUUGGGGCGGCAGGGUAGCUUAGUGGUUAGAGUGUUGGACUAGUAACCGCAAGGUGCAUGUUCAAAUCCCCGAACUGACAAGGUUCGUUCUGCCCCUGAACAGGCAGUUGACCCACUGUUCCUAGGCCAUUAUUGAAAAUAAGAAUUUGUUAAAUAAAGGUUAAAUAAAAAAUAUCAUAUCAUAUUAGACCACCGGUAUCUGGCAUUGUUUUUUUACUCCUCUAAUAACGUUGGCAACCAGUUUAUAAUAGCAAUAAGGCACCACUGGCUUUUGUGGUACAGUACAUUCGGAAGGUAUUCAGACCUCUUCACUUUUUCCACAUUUUGUUACGUUAGAGCCUUAUUGUACACACAAUACCACAUAAUGACAAAGCUAAAACUUUUUUUUUUUUUUAAGAAAUAAACUGAAAUAUCACAUUUACCAUGACAUCCCAAAUAUGAGGUCCUGAGCGCUCUAGAGCAGGUUUUCAUCAAGGAUCUCACUGUACUUUGCUCCGUUCAUCUUUGCCUCGAUCCUGACUAGUCUCCCAGUCACUGCUGCUGAAAAAUAUCCCCACAGCAUGAUGCUGCCACCACCAUGCUUCACCGUAGGGUGCCAGGUUUUCUCCAGACGUGACUCUUGGCAUUCAGGUCAAAGAGUUCAAUCUUGGUUUCAUCAGACCAGAGAAUAUUGUUUCUCAUGGUCUGAGAGUCCUUUUGGCAAACUCCAAGCAGCUGUCAUGUGCCUUUUACUGAGGAGUGGCUUCCGUCUGGCCACUCUACCAUAAAGGCCUGAUUGGUGGAGUGCUGCAGAGAUGGUUGUGCUUCUGGAAGGUUCUCCCAUCUCCACAGAAGAACUCUGGAGCCCUGUCAGAGUGACCAUUGGGUUUUUGGUCACCUCCCUGACAAGGCCCUUCUCCCCUGAUUGCUUAGUUUGGCCGGAUGGCCAGCUCUAGGAAGAGUCUUGGUGGUUCCAAACUUAUUCCAUUUAAGAAUGAUGGAGGCCACAGUUUUUUUGGGGACCUUCAAUGCUGCAGAAAUGUUUUGGUACCCUUCCCCAGAUCUGUGCCUCGACACAAUCCUGUCUCGGAGCUCUAAGGAAAAUUCCUUUGACCUCAUGGCUUGGUUUUUGCUCUGACAUGAACUGUCAACUGUUGAACCAUAUAUAGACAGGUGUGUGCCUUUCCAAAUCAUGUCCAAUCAAUUUAAUUUACCACAGGUGGACUCUCCAAUCAUGUUGUAGAAUCAAUGGAAACAGGAUAUUGCUGAGUUCAGUUUCGAGUCUCAUAGGUCUGAAUACUUAUGUAAAUGUCAUAAUUCCGUUUUUUACAUUUACUUUUGCAAAAAAUUCUGAAAACCUAUUUCUGCUUUGUCAUUAUGGGGUAUUAUGUGUGGAUAGAUGAGGAAACAAAAGCAAUUUAAGAAUAAGGCUGUAACGUAACAAAAUGUGCAAAUAGUCAAGCAUUUUCAAGUCUUGCCAUAGUUUAAGACAAAACUGUAACUCGGCCAUUUAGGAACCUCCCCUGUCUCCUUGGUAAGCAACUCCAGUGUAGAUUUGGCCUCGUGUUUUAGGUUAUUGUCCUGCUGAAAGGUGCAUUCAUCUCUCAGUGUUUGGUGGAAAGCAGACUGAACCAUGUUUUCCUCUAGAAUUUUGCCUGUGCGUGGCUCCAUUCAGUAGAUUAUUUUUAUCCUGAAAUCUCCCCAGUCCUUAACGAUUACAAGCAUACUCAUAACAUGAUGCAGCAACCACUAUGCUUGAAAAUAUGAAGAGUGGUACUUAGUGAUGUGUUGUAUUGGAUUUGCCCCAAACAUAACCCUUUGUAUUGAGGACCAAGAGUGAAUUGCUGUGCCACAUUUUUUUGCCGUAUUACUUUAGUGCAAUCAUGGUGAAAUCCCUGAGCGGUUUCCUUCCUCUCUGGCAACUGAGUUCGGACAGACGAUUGUGCCUUUGGUGUAUUGAUACACCAUCCAAAGUGGAAUUAAUAACUUCACCAUGCUCAAAGGGAUAUUCUAUGCAAAUAGUCUGGGUAGCCAUUUGACUAGAUGUUCAGGAGUGUUAUGGCUUGUGGUUGUGAAAUCGUGUGCAUGUGAUGCAGGCUACAUUACAGUACAGUAUCGUUAGCAUGCUACAGUAGUUUAUUUUCGGUUCCAUUGUAUGGCACAGGUUUAUUCAACAUGUAUCUCGCAGUAUCAGUCAUUUAUUAGCUAAUACAUGUAUUAUGUUAGCUAGUUUAAUGGUGUGAAAAUCGUGAUAUUAGCCUUACAUUUCAAUCUACAUAUGCGUAUGGGUCUGCUAUGUUAGGUAGGCUAUUCAAUUCCCUUGACAUUUCGCAAGCUUGAGUACUUUACAAUAAGGGAAGAUAUGCAGUGUUAAUCUUACUAUUUGCCCAUUAGAUCUGACAUGCAUUGAAUGCUAGACAACUUUACAUGCAUGCUUUUCAUAAAUGCCGUGUGUACUUUGCAAAGAUGAAAACCCUUCCGUGAUGAUUCUCCCUUCCUGUAUCUGUCAUAUAGGCGUAUGCAUUUUUGUCCUAUAGCUACAGCUACAUAACUAAAUAUAGUAGCUGUCACUAACCUUUCAUGCCACGGCUUGACUGUAGAUUUGCUCUCAUGGUGCUGAGAAUGCUUAAUACCGUAGCUGUCACUUAUGUAUUCUCUACAUGUAUAUGUAUGAACCCCUGGACGUACAGGUACCUCCAGCGCUCCCUCCUGCCUCAUGUUCGGCCUGUCCCUGGUAAUCUACCCCAGGCUUUUGUCCUUGCCCCGGUGUGGCGAAGACCAACAGAAGAGGGGGAUGUCCUUCCUGCCUCCAAAGCAUGUCUCGGAAAGUGCUGAGAUUAUUAUUAUUUUUUAAUAAUAAAUGACAAGCUUGUAAAUGGUAAUUUUAAUAUUUGCUCAUGUUGGUUUAACUCGGUCUUUCCCUUAAAUGCAGCUGGUGAUUCCAGAGACCUGGCGGGCAACUCUCAACAAGAAGCACCAGCAGUGGAUUGACCUGACGCUGUUUACCCAAGUUGACCAAAGUCACCUUGCUAACUCCUCAAACCUGAUGGCUCCAAAAACAGAUUUUCACCAACUCAAAUUGAAUUGACAUUGUUAGGUUUCAUGAUGCUUCUAUCUAAAGUCACCAUGUCCUAGAGAGAUUUACAUGGUUAUCAAAACUUCACGAUGCUUAAAAGAUGCUUAAAAUUAUUAAAAUACACAAAAGUGAUUGUUGUUGUGUUGAAUUGUGUUUGGGAAAUAUUUCUAUCAAUACAGAAAUGUGUAGGUGGCUUAAUUUACCCUGUCCCGUGGCCAGAGAUCACAUUUUUUGGACAAGCUAUGUUUUCAAAACAGUAACUUUUACAUGAAUUCUGAUUAUUUCCAGGGAUACACAUCAUCCUGAAAUAUGUGUGGAUAUCUUUGUUAGAAAUAAUAUUGUAUUUUCCUUGACCCAGUGAUGCUGAAUGUAAGACAUGGCUCAACUUACCCCACUUUCCCUACCCUGUCCCUAUGCUCAAUUUACUCCAUAUCUGAUCUGUGGUAAAUUGUGCCAAGAGACCACUUUUUUUGGACAUGCUCUGUUUUCAAAACAGUUGUUGUUUAUAUGAAUUCUGAUUAUUUCCUGUGAUACACAACAUCCUGAAAUAUAUGUAAAUAUCUUUCUUAGAUAAAAUACUAUAUCCCCCUUGAUGUACUGAUGCUGAAUAUAAAAAAUGUCUCAACAUACCCUACAUACAGUAUGCGUGUGGUACAUUGAGAAAAAAGUGAUGUGACGGCCCCUCCCUGCUCUGUCUACUGGGCUUUGCUGCGCUUACUUCCUGCAGGAGAUUGGUGGGCGGAGAAGGGUCGUCAGUGCUGAUGGGGCACACCUGUGAAAGCUCAGCUGUGGCAUAAAGCAACUACUUCCCCAUUCAGCAAGAUAUUCCUCUCUCCAUGCAUAGUGUUGGUUGUUUUGUUGUGGCUUUGGCAGUUGAUGUGUAAUUUACUGACCUUCAUAUCUCAUCUGAUUAUUGUUGUGAGUGUUCACUUUAUUUAUGGAAUAAAUUCAUUUUGUUAUUCCUUUA